GCUCCAUGAAGCAUCGUGAAACAUCACGUGAUGGCGAUGUGACGUGGCGAGUUUGACACCCAUGAUAUAAAAUCUCCUGCCUUGAACAGUGGUGUGGGCUAAAAGACUUCUGAUUCUAUAUCCUAUGUUCUAUGACUUCCAGGCAGUGUGAUGCAAAUGUCUAAGCAGAUCCACCCUCACCUUUUAAAACAGUGGGGCGUGGUAGUAAGAUAGUGAUGUGAGGUCCCUAUAAUUUUAUGAUUCCAUCGUAUUCUAUAAAUCCCCUUUAUUUUUGUAAAUGAUCUUUUGGAUAGCAGGUGGAAAGGCAAGGGAAAAGUUUCCAUCACUGAUUUUGCGAUGGAAAACGAUCGGUUGAGGAAAUUAAGAAAAAAACUGAGGUGUCUCCAAAAAGAGGGAGAACGAUCGAGACUUCCUCUUCUGUCAUCUACCACCGAAGAACGGAGACGCGCUGAGAUUGUUCAGACAAAAAGUGAAAAAUUGGAAGAAGAUCUGAAGACAGUAAUGGGCCAGAGUUAUACAAAGACAAUGGAAAUAUUCAAACUUCUGUCAGAAAAAAAGGAGCUCAGAGUCCAAAUUCAGGACCUAAUCCAGAAAAACCACCAGCUGGCCGAAGAGUACAAGGAUUAUAGAGAAAACUUGAGCAGAAAACUCAGUUCAGAGGAACUUGGGCAGCUGGAGAAACUGAGGCAAGAGAACGAGAGACUCCGCUGCGAGGCUCAGAAAGAAGCUGCAGAGAAAGCAGAGCUCCUACGUGAGAAUAAGGAUCUCAAAGAAGAACUUAAUAGAAAGAGAGCAGUGAUGUCAAAACUGACUGUAGAAUGUGAAGAGCUGCGAAACAAAACAGAGAUUCUGACGUUUAAAAAUAUCGAACUUAGCGAUGAGAAAGAGGCGUACGAAGAAAUACUGUGCAGAGAGGAACUACAGAGGAUAAGCCGCUGCACCUUAUUGACACACGGAGACCAGAAGGAAGACAAGACAGAAGCUCAAGAGAAAAUGAAGCCUCAGAUGGUGGAACAUCAAUUGAACCAUCAAUGGCUUAAAGCUUCGGUAGACAGAAUUAAAAAAUCUAAGGAACCCGGGGCCAAUAUUCUGAGGUGGCUGCAGAAAUCUCUCAAACUCCUAAAAGAGGAUUCCUCUGAACGGUCAAAACACACCCUGCCAGAAUGGCUUAAAGCAUCUGCCACCAACCUCCCAGAGGAAUGUGCUAAGGCAGCCAGGGAGGAUGUGAAUGAUUGGCUAGAAGAAUCAAUUAAUCAUCUCCAGGAAAAAGGGCCAGAAACGUGCGAGUUAGAUGUGGAGGGAUGGCUUCAAGCAUCUAUUAUAGGCAUUCAACAUCUUCAAAAGUUCAGGUCAGAGUCUCGUGGAAGCCGGAAAAAAAAGGGAUGGCUUGCAGAACCAAUAGAAAACCUGAAGAAGAAGACUUCCUGUGGUGACAUCACCAUGCUUAGAGUGGAGGGAAGAAAGUUCUCCUAACUCUAACUCCUUUGUUUGGGCUCUUUUUUGAGCACUGUUGAUCCUGGAGGGGUCAACAGAUUAAAGGGGAUACUCUGUAGAUGCUGGGGUGAUAAGGCAAAUCACCCCACGGAUAGGAGAAACCCCCUAAACAGAUAAGGAGAUAUCCUACAAAAGUUCAAGUCAGAGUCUCGUGGAAGCCAGGAAAAAAAGGGAUGGCUUGAAGAAUCAAUAGAAAACCUGAAGAAGUAAUGUCCUGAAGGAUCUGAAGAAUAUGUUAAAAUGACUUUGAGGAUCCUUAGAAAGGCUGUCCCUUUCUAGAGAACCUAGACCAGUUCUUGAAAAAUGUCUUCAGCAAUCCUUGAAAAAC